UGGAGUGCCGCUCGAGUAUCUUAACCGCUAGGCUAAGCACCCUUUGGCAGUUUGUCUAGACCAUAUUCAUGCUAGCCUUUACCACCUGAUUCCGCCAUAUAUUUUGCUUACUUGGGUUCUUUUAAAAAAAUGCCAGGAGCUCUGCCUAAUUAAUUAAGUGGAAAUAAAGUUAGAACAAUACAGGUACGAAACUGAGCAAUCCACUCAUAGACAAACUCAAAAGGAGGAGACAGGAACCAAAGAAACCAUGAAGAGUCUCUCACUAGGGUGAAACAGCUAUGCCCUCCGAGCACCACACAACCUGCACACAAGCAAGAGAAGAUCUGAAACUCCGUUUGAAUGCUACAAACAUCGAACAAGAAGGCUAGUAGAGUUUGCUUGCAAACUUCUUCAGCAACCUAAAGACCGAAGGCCAAAGAGCUACAGCUACUGCAACUACACCUGUAUUCUGAGUGUAAUCUGUAGGAAAUUUUUGCACCAAAGAUGCUUUCAUGACUAUGGCCGGUAUUGAAGUCACAGCAGUACGUGCUGCAAUAUCGACAACGUUGAAUGUUGUGGUCAACAAGUUAGCUCCACCAGUAAUCGAGUGGUACAGCUCUGUAGACGGUGUGGCAGAAGAUCUCCAGGAGCUCCUAGAUCUAGUUAAGGAGAUCAAAAGGUGGUUGGACACAUCAGGAUAUGAAGCUAUGGUGAGUGACACGUCAUUUAACUGGCUCAAAAGAUUAAAAGAGGUUGCUUACGAUGUCGAUGAUAUUGUCGAUGAAUUCCAGCUGAAGGCUGAGAAACAUUCACUGCGUUCGGCAGGCUGGAGCUGGAGCUGGAAUGGUGUGAGAGAAAAAUACUGUUGGGCUGGCUGGAGCUGGAGCUGGUGGCUGGAGUGGUGUGAGAGGAAAUUAUUGUUGGGCUGGAGCUGGAGCUGGAGCUGGCUGCCGAACGCAGUGGUUGUUCUGCUUCUAGUGUUGGCAUUAUGUCCGAAUAUAUCAUGAAACCAAAAUCAUUUAUAUUUCGGUGCAAAGUGGCCAGCAAGAUCAAGAAAAUCAAAAGAAGAUUUGCUGCUGUUGUGAAGCAAAUAACAGAAUUCACUGCAGUGGCAAACAGUAUAUCAGUAGAUCCUCCUGUUCGGCCUAGAAACAUGAGAACUGGGGAGAUAUCAUCAUGGCCUGACAUUGAUGUGACAUCAGUAGUCGGAAGAGUUGAAGACAAGAAGCAAAUAAUAUCCAAGCUGGAAGAGAAUGAUGUUCAGCAGAAAAUCAAGAUAAUUUCCAUCCUCGGGCUUGGAGGUUCUGGGAAAACUACUUUGGCUAAACUGGUUUUCAAUGAUGAUAAAAUUAAAAAGCAUUUCAAAGUUACUCUAUGGGUUCAUGUGUCACAAGAAUUUGAUGUUGACAAGCUAGUCAAAAAAAUGUUCGAAGCUUUUGCCGACAAUAAUCCAGGGCAGCAUGGCAUGCCAUAUAUGAAAAAACCAAUCUCGGACAAGUUGAUUGGAAAGAGGUUUCUUCUUGUAUUGGAUGAUGUUUGGAUUGAGUCCCAAUUUCACUGGGGAAAAAUCAGUGAGUUUCUCAUCAAUACUGGUGCACCAGGAAGCAGGAUUUUACUAACUACUCGCAGUAGUAAAGUUGCAGAAACAGUGGGAUCCACGGAUCCAUUUAAGUUGCCACUGUUAUCUGAGGUUAGCAGCUGGCAACUUUUCAUGGAAAGUUAUGGAAUGGCUGCAAACAAUUUGGGCUCUGAAUUUCUUAAGGCUGGAAAAGAGAUCGUGGGUAAAUGUGGCGGAGUGCCAUUGGCAAUUAAAGUUCUUGCAGGUGUUCUUCGUGGCAAGGAACAUAUAGAUCAGUGGAAGGCCACGAGAGAUAGCAAUUUACUAUAUGUUGAGGGUGAAGAACAUAGAGUAGCUGCAUGCUUGAUGCUGAGCUAUUUUCAUUUGCCAUCUCAUCUGAAGCAGUGCUUCACAAUAUGUUCUGUGUUUCCUAAAGGCCACAGGAUUGAUAAAGACCAACUGAUUGACCUCUGGAUUGCUCAUGACAUGAUCACUGUCGAGGAUGGUGUUGAUUACUUGGAUUAUGUUGGCCAUAAGUGCUUUAAUUCUCUAGUGCAAAUGUCUUUCCUACAAGAUGUGGAAGAAGAAGAUAGGAGAGUGAGAUGCAAGAUGCAUGAUUUGGUUCAUAUCUUGCCCGAUCGAUCUUGGGUGAUGAAGUUUCAUCUGUAGUGCCAAUGGAGGUGACUAAAUAUACAAAGAGAUACAGAUACUUUUCUUUAAUUAAUCAAACAACAAUUGUUCUACCUAAAAAUAUGUUUGAAAAGGCAUGUGCUGUGUAUGCUGCUGCUUGUGGUAACCCAAUAUUUGGCAAGGAACUGAAGAACGCAAGACACUUGCGCAGUAUCAUGGUGGAAGAUAUCCCUGUAGUAUCAGUACCCACUACCAUACUACAAAUAAAAAGCCUAAGGUAUAUUAGCAUUUCCAAAGUAUGGAUAUUGAGAGCGCUUCCUGAGGCCAUUUCAGAUGCUUGGAGCCUGCAAGCACUCCAUGUAACAGAUUGUCGUAAUUUUGUCGAGUUACCUGGAUCAAUUGGUAAGCUACAAAAGUUGAGAACACUAAAUUUGUCAGGUUGUAAAAGUCUAAAGAGGUUACCCAAUUCAAUAGGUGAUUGUCAAAUGAUUUCAAGCAUUGAUCUUUACCAUUGCAAAAAGCUUACAGUUCUGCCAAACUCUAUUGGUAAGCUUCAGAAGUUAAAAACCCUGAAGCUAUCGUUGUGUGAAGAGCUGAAAUGUUUACCAGAAUCAAUUGGUGAUUGUCAAAUGAUUUCAAGCAUUGAUCUUUGCAAUUGCUGGGAGCUUAAAGCAUUGCCGGACUCUAUUUGCAGAAAUGAAAAGCUAAGAGUUUUGAGACUAGGUAACACCCAUAUUGAGAGUCUACCAUCAAGUUUCACAAUGCUUAGAGAUCUAGAGUGUUUGGACCUUAACAAAUGUCGAGAGCUGGUAGAGUUACCUGAAGGCAUUGGACACUUGGAGAAGCUUCAAGUUUUGAACCUAAAAGAUUGUGAAAAACUGCGAGGCAUGCCUGUAGGCAUUGGAAACCUCAGUGGACUACAAAAGUUGGGCUUAUUUGUUGUGGGUGAGGGCAAAAAGUUUGCAAGAAUCUCAGAGCUUACACACAUAGGUAGGAAUAGUGAAGACCUAAUUAUCAGAGGUAUUGCCCAUGUGAUGGAACCUGAUGAUGCGCAUAAGACAUGCUUGAAACAUAAGACAAACUUACAGAGGUUGAACCUAGAAUGGAAGAGGUAUCACGUGGGUGAGGUGAACACUGAAUUGGAGCAGGCUGUACUUGAUGGUCUGGAACUGCCACCAGGGAUUAAAGAACUCAAAAUUCGUGGGUAUUCAGGCACACAAUAUGCACGGUGGAUACAGAAUGAAGUUGGUGGUGGAGUACAAGGGCUUGCUUACUUCCAACUUUUGAGAGUGAUGAAUCUAUGUAAUUUCUCGAACUUGAAGCAUCUACACGGGCUUGUGGAGCUGCCUAGUUUGGAGGAGCUUGUGCUGCGAGCAAUGCCUUCUCUUGAGAGCAUAAGCGGAGGCCCAUUUCCUGCACUGGUGAAGUUAGUUUUAUAUAAACUGCCUAGUUUGGGAGAGUUGUGGAUUGUAACAGAGAGGACUAUAUCUGAUGGAGAAGAGGAAGGAAGCUGUAGGAAUUGCACUCCUUACUUGGGACAAGUCCAAGUUGGUAAUUGUAUAACAUAUUUCGAUAUAACUGAUUGUCCUAAGUUGAAGUUCAAGCCAUACCUGCCUUUGUCGCUACAACACUGGAAGUUAUCUGGGAGCAGCGAGCAGCUACUGCAGUCGCCAGACCUAUGUGAGGGGUGCACUUCGUCCUCCAGUUUUAGCCACCUAAAGAGGCUUCGGCUGCCUAGGAUGACAGGGUUAGGAUAUGGACUUGAGUCAUGGCAGAUUCUUAGCUUCUACAAUACCGAGCGGCCACAGGGCUUAGCGAGCCUCACAUCCCUCCAGUCUCUGGAUGUGUUCUUGUCUACUAUAUGCGAGUUGCCGGAGUGUCUAGGGGAACUCCGUUCUCUGCAAAAGCUGACCAUUCGAUCAUGCCAUAGCCUGAGAAGUCUUCCCCAAUCAAUGGGUCACCUCACAUCCCUCCAAGUGUUAUCGGUAGAUUGGUGCCAUGCACUUCAACAAUUGCCUGAAUGCUUGGGUGAGCUCUGUUCUCUUCGGACUCUAUAUGUAGGAGGCUUACGCAAUAUAAAUAGCUUUCCCCAAUCGUUGCGGUAUCUCACAUCACUCCGGGAUCUCAGAAUUGGUGGGUGUGACGCACUUCAUGAACUGCCUGAAUGUCUGGGAGAUCUCCGUUCUCUAUGCAAACUCUACAUUAUUGGGUUGCCCAGGCUGACUUGCUUUCCCAAAUCAUUAUGCCGGCUCACCUCCCUUGAAUUGCUCCGGAUCACUGAUUGCCCAGGCCUCACAUCCUUACCCCAGGGGAUGAAAAGCCUUUCCUCCCUUGAAAAGUUAAGCAUCUUUUCCUGCCCGGGAAUCAAAACCUUGCCGGAGGGCAUAAAAGGCCUCACCUCUCUGAAGGAAUUGUGGAUCCAGGGAUGCCCUGAUCUGGCGGUGCGCUGUGAGAGAGAAAAGGGGGAGGACUGGCACCUCAUCUCUCACAUCCCUGUUUGUCUUGGGAUUUUGACUGCUUCGUCAGAUCUGGGCCAUCUGUGUUGAUUCAUUUCAGGCUGGAGUUGCACUGCAAGAUGGUUUAUAUGCUCGUUGUGCUUUUGUACAUUACUACCUGGCUUGGUCAGAUCAUAUCAUAUCAUACGGCCACCUUCUAUUGAUGUACUGAAGGUUGAAACCUCAGAAGUAAUACAUCAUUAUUCAUAACGACAAUACAUGUGGAUUCUUCCGAACUAGAGGAACUCUCUUGCAGCUCCUCUCACGCCAAUGACGGCAGCAGUGAGGACUGAAGGGAGAGGCAUGCAUCCUGCCCUGUACAAGGCCGCGAUGCAGGGGGACAUGCCGAGACUGAGGCAGCUGAUGGUGAGUGUCCUCAAGAUCCUCAAUUCCAAGACUCCCCAGGGUAACACGGCUCUCCACCUUGCACAACCACUCCCGAUGUCGCCCGCGAGGUCCUCAAAGUGAGCGAUGAGCUGCUAGUCGCCCAGAACGACAACGGCGACACGCCGCUGCACCUGACGGCCAAGGAGGGCAAGCUGGAGGUCGCGGAGCUGCUUGUCGCCCGUGCCCUGGGCUGGCCAGGGGACAUGACGAGCCCGCUGGCGCUGAUCAUGAACAACAAGGCGGGCAACACUGCGCUGCACGAGGCGGUGCCGAACCACAGGCGAGCCGUGGCGGUGGCAAACUGGCACUGCUGGACGCCGAUCGCAUCAGCGGCCGCACCCUCCGUCUUCCCUGGGUCCAAAAGAUCGUCGAUAUCCCCUGGGUCGGCCAGCAGCAGUUCUUGCCCUCCAUCUCCCUCAAGGGCUCGGCUCUGCACCAGGCCCUGCUCAGCACCCACCACCGUAAGCUUAGCUACCGCACACUUGGAAAAGAAGAAAAAAAAACUAGGAGUAUGUUUUCUAGCUCUUCUCCUUUACAGUAAUUCGUGCAUCGUCGACCUUAAUUACACGGGUCGUCGUGGAGAUCCUGCAGGAGAAGAGGCCUGAUCUGACUCUGAAGUCUGAACUCACCGACACACUGCAGUAUGCAGGCAUGGACCUCGUCCCGUUCCUGCUGAGUGCGGAUCGAGCCGGGGCGGGGCUUCCAUCUCGUCACCCAGAAGUUGUACUAGGGAUGGGUGCGCGCUAACGCCGCGCCCGUGACAGUGUUUAGGUGUCUAAUGGCGUGCGAUGUUGUAUCUAAAUAUGUUGAGCAAAGGAGUGGAGUCAAUUCCUUCAUUGCCACUGGAAUUUAUAUGUAUUCCUUGAGUGCCAUAAAAAAAUUUGAAUUUCCCUCACUGCCAUUGUUUCAAUUUUUCAUUCCUCUAGCUGCCAUUUCCGUUAAAGUCUGUUAAGGUGUAGUCACUGCCAGCUUGGCCCCACAACAACGCCCUCCGUCAGCCCCACAACAACGAGCGCGGCCAGCGGGUCCGCCAUGGAUGCACGUCGCGGGACGCUCAGCCUGCUCGACGCCGCCCCGCCGCCCUGCCCCCCUCCUCUGGUGCCCCCGGUGCAGGGCGCAGCGGAAGGAGCCUGGGUGUGUGGAUGAGCCUCAGUGCUUUGCUCUCCUCCCGUCCUCAUGCUCCGCCAGCCUGCGUGCGGCGCCGGGCGGAGGAGGCGCGCGGGCUCGGUGGACUCGUGGACGCGGCGCCGGGCGGAGGUCCUCCAGUUCCCGCGCGGCAUCCAGGCUCUCCCGCUCCAUACUACGGCAGUUUCCAGGUCGCGUCGAUGGGCAGGUGCUUGGCGAGCACCUCCGGCGGGAGGCCGGACUUGGCGACGGGGUGGAAGCACGCGGUCCAGAGCUGGUUCAGGUCCUGCUUCCACGACGCCAUGAGCACCGUACCUUCAUCACGUCCUCGAUCGACGCCGUCUCCACCAUCCCGGCCAGCUGGUUUCUGCACACAGCAACCAAGUUGUUUGACUACUACUGUUAGCUAGCUUGCUAGCUCUCUCUCUCCAUGGCUUUCACAGCUGUGCUCUGCUGUGAGUAGUAGCAGCAGCGCAGCGCCCGCAUUGCAAAAGCACACAGGCCGGCAUGGAGCAGAGCACACAGGACCAAGCGCUCGCGCUGCACUACGCCGUCAAGAACUGCAGUCGGAUGGAGCAAGAGCGCCUGGAUGCCGCGGGGAACUGGAGGACCUCCGCCCGGAGCCGCGUCCGUGGCGCCUCCGCCCACGACCCGCGCGCGUCCAUGGCGGUGGACGGCGGCGACCAGGUCCACAACGCGCUCAUCCGUGUCAGCUGACGGAGGGUGUUGUUGUGGGGCCAAGUUGGCAGUGACUACACCUUAACAGACCUUAACGGAAAUGGCAGCUAGGGAAAUGAAAAAUUGAAACAAUUGCAGUCAAGGAAAUUUGAAAUUUUUGAUGGCGCUCAAGGAAUCCAUGUAAAUUCUAGUGGCAAUGAAGGAAUUAACUCUUAAUUUUCCUAUUGUACCAAAGCUAUGCAAGUACCAUUUGUAUUCUUGUAAUGGAAGUAAACUGGACAAUGAACACCAACUCCACAGCAGAACUAAGAAUCAGUAUGUAUAUUAAAUAAAGUUGUCAGGGGCAUCAUACAUUAAUAGUGGCCAAGUCGAAGCUCAUUAAAGCUUUUUUUUUACAGACAGGACAUACACAAGUGGUCUAACAAUCCCUGAUCAGUGAACAUAGGUAACAACAAUCCAAGUCUGGAACGGGAAAAGAGAUAAAGUCGUCUUACUGAUCAGGUCUACUGCCAUGUAUUAUCGUAUAGAGUAUGAAUAAUACCAGAUUUACCAUAAGUGGCAUAAUUACCUGAGUUGAUUGAAGCUUUUGAAUUAUGUGCCUGAUAUCAUUGCAAAAGCAUGCUUUGUAGUAAUGACAACACUGAAUGGGCAGUAGUGCAUGAAGCAGCUUUUGUAAAAAAAA